UGAUCUUUUAAGGGGUGGGGUGGUGGGGGUGGUGGGGAAGAGGUAGCCACUAUAUAAAAGAAGCUUCCCUGAGAUUUUAAACCUUUAUACAAAAACUUCCUAGGUAAGGAAACUUAAUCGGAUCUGGCAGCUGACCUUAGUGAUGGACCCAGAAGCAACUGCUGUUUUUUUGGAUUAUUUCUAUGCUACAAGCCAAAAUCCUGAUAUUGAGGAGACCCACUCCCGUGUUGCUUAUACAUCUGUCUUCCUUCCCAUCUUCUACGCAGUUGUGUUCCUGAUGGGAGUGUUGGGGAACCUAGUCCUCAUGAGUGCAUUGCAUUUCAAACGGGGCAGCCGAAGACUGAUCGACAUCUUCAUCAUCAACCUGGCUGUGUCUGACUUCAUUUUCCUUGUCACGUUGCCUCUCUGGGUGGAUAAAGAAGCAUCUUUAGGACUGUGGAGGACAGGCUCUUUCCUGUGCAAAGGCAGCUCCUACAUGAUCUCAGUCAACAUGCACUGCAAUGUCUUCUUGCUCACCUGCAUGAGUGUUGACCGCUACCUGGCCAUCAUGCGCCCAGCCGUAUCCAGGAAAUUCAGGAGGAGAGACUGUGCAUAUGGAGUCUGUGCCAGUGUCUGGUUUAUCUCCUGCCUUUUGGGUUUGCCUACUCUUCUGUCCAGGGAGCUCACCCUGAUUGAUGAUAAGCCAUACUGUGCAGAGAGGAGCGCUACUCCAAUCAAACUGACUUGGGCCCUGGUGGCCUUAAUUUUUACCUUCUUUGUCCCUUUGGUGAGCAUUGUGACAUGCUAUUGUUGCAUCACAAGGAAGCUAUAUGCCCAUUACCAACAGUCGGGAAAACAUAACAAAAAGCUGAGGAAAUCCAUAAAGAUCAUCUUUAUUGUCGUGGCAGCCUUUGUCUUCUCCUGGCUGCCCUUCAAUACUUUCAAGCUCCUGGCCAUUGUCUCUGGGUUGCAGCAGGAAGUCUACUUUUCCUCAUCUGUUAUCCAGCUAGGCAUGGAGUCACAGAUUUCUUGUAAUAUUCCUAUGGCAAGAAGAAAAGAUAAAUCCAGUGUCAAAGCUCCCACUAUAGACUGUGUGCCUAUGGGCUCUGCCACCCAAACUGUAUGAGACACUCUAAUAAAGUGCUACUUCCCUGCGUCCUCUGAGUGCCUACCUAUCAAAACCUUCUGACAUCUUCCUCAAAAGCUCCUGGACCCUUCAACAUUAAGCAACCAAAAGGUUAACCCUUUACAAGCAAGAGGCCUUUGGGAGCCAGGCACCCGCCCUGACGAGAGUGUCUUUUCAGACUGGCUGGUGCCCAAGAGGGUGCAGGCUGUUAACAGUUUUGAGUAUUGUCCCUGCAUGCAGCCAAUGACAGCAACUUAAAUUCCCAGCUGUACUGGACAUUUGUUGGUUGACCUAGCAUGCAUUCUCACACUCCACUUCCACCCCCAGGCAAUCAUCUACCUCUUCUUCCUCACACAGCUCAUGUGUUUUGGUAAAGGUUGAACCCACCCUGAGCGCCAUGGAAAAGACUCCGUAAACUUCAGGUCCUUGGUACCUUCCAUCCUCUGGCCACAGGUAUAACAGGGCGAGCAUGUGACCGGCCAACCAGGCUAUUUGGAAUGCCAGGACAACACUGCUCUCUCCCCUCCCAGGCCCUGUUGAAAUUUGCAACAACCUUAGUAGGAGCAAGAGACCCAGUCUUGGAAUGAAAUUAACAUUGUUGACACUAAAGAGGUACAACAGAAAAACUAAGCAGCACAAAGCAAAUCAAAAUAAACUGAGUCCUUCCUGGCAUGGCUGAACUACUAGAUCAACCAAUGCUGAAGUCCUCCCGAAUUCGGACUUCCCAGUCACCUGAACCUAAGUAUUUCUUUUGUUGUUUAAGCUCAUCUGAGUUGGGUUUUCUUUUACCUGAAAGUUUAUGGGACCUCAUAUAUUAACACACUGGUCCACCAGCAAAGUUUAGCCAAAGGUCUCCAGUAUAGCCCUUUAGUUAAUUAUACCACAAAGUUAUGAAACAAAGCAGAAUUUCUCAAAAUGUGUUCUGAAGAAUGGCUAAAAUAAAAAAUACAAGAAACAAGUGUUGGCAAGGAUGUGGAGAAAAAGGAACCCUCUUACACCGUUGAUGGAAAUGCAAAUCGGGGC